GGGCGGGGCUGCUGAGGCCUCGGCCUCUAGAGCUGCGGCUGUCGUGCGGGGUUCGGGCUGCGGCGAGGGCGGUUCUUAGGCCACCUGAGCGGGAGGACCUGCAGCGCCUGGAGCAGGGCCGGAGCCCGCGACUUGACCACUGAGCGGCAGCGCUUCGGCUGCGGAUCUCGGGCGCGCGAUCCGGCGGACCGACGACGGCGGGGCAGCAGGGCGCGGGCGCCGCGGGCCGGAGCGCGCUAGAUGAUGGAUGUAGACGUGCUUCUAUGAAGAAAUGCCACGUGUCUCUACUGAUCCAAGAACAAAUAUGUCCAGCCUACUGCCACCUUAGGGGACUAGGGUGGAGUGACAGCUCUUCCCAGGAAAUCAGGCAUCGUCUGACCGAGGAGCAGGAAGCACAUCAUCACCAAUGACAGCAUGACAACAAGAGAGCACAGCCCUCGCCAUGGUGCCAGGGCCCGUGCAAUGCAGCGGGCUUCCACCAUCGAUGUGGCAGCUGACAUGCUUGGUCUCUCUCUGGCAGGAAAUCUACAAGAUCCAGAUGAACCCAUUUUAGAAUUCAGCUUAGCUUGCAGUGAGCUGCAUACGCCAUCGCUAGAUCGGAAACCAAAUAGUUUUGUAGCAGUGAGUGUGACCACCCCUCCUCAGGCAUUCUGGACGAAGCACGCUCAGACAGAGAUCAUCGAGGGAACCAACAAUCCUAUAUUUUUAAGCAGUAUUGCCUUCUUCCAAGACUCUCUUAUCAAUCAGAUGACACAAAUCAAACUAUCCGUGUAUGACGUCAAAGACAGAUCUCAGGGAACAAUGUAUUUACUGGGCUCUGGGACAUUCAUUGUCAAGGAUCUGCUCCAAGACAGGCAUCAUCGGUUGCAUUUAACACUAAGGUCUGCAGAGAGUGACCGUGUGGGUAACAUCACUGUCAUCGGCUGGCAGAUGGAGGAGAAGUCAGACCAGCGGCCUCCAGUGACCCGGUCUCUGGACACUGUCAAUGGGAGGAUGGUCCUGCCUGUUGAUGAGAGCUUGACCGAAGCAUUGGGAAUACGAUCCAAAUAUGCUUCGUUGCGAAAAGAUACUUUACUGAAAUCGGUGUUUGGUGGGGCCAUCUGUCGCAUGUACCGGUUCCCCACCACUGAUGGCAACCACCUGCGGAUCCUGGAGCAGAUGGCGGAGAGUGUGCUCUCCUUGCACGUGCCCCGGCAGUUCGUGAAGCUGCUGCUGGAAGAAGAUGCGGCCAGAGUGUGUGAACUGGAGGAGUUGGGAGAGCUGUCCCCUUGCUGGGAGAGCCUCCGGCGCCAGAUCGUCACUCAGUACCAGACCAUCAUCCUCACGUACCAGGAGAACCUGACUGACCUCCAUCAGUACAAAGGUCCCUCAUUUAAAGCAAGCAGUUUGAAAGCAGAUAAAAAGUUGGAAUUUGUUCCCACAAACUUGCACAUACAAAGGAUGAGAGUUCAAGAUGAUGGAGGAUCAGAUCAGAGCUACGACAUCGUCACCAUUGGGGCGCCAGCAGCACACUGCCAAGGUUUUAAGUCAGGAGGCCUCCGCAAAAAGCUGCACAAAUUUGAAGAGACCAAAAAACACAGUUUUGAGGAGUGUUGUACAUCAUCCAGCUGCCAGUCCAUAGUCUACAUACCACAGGACAUCAUCAGAGCCAAAGAGAUUAUUGCCCAGAUCAAUACCCUGAAAACCCAAGUGAGUUACUACGCAGAGCGGCUCUCGAGGGCAGCCAAGGACAGAUCUGCCACUGGCCUCGAAAGGACACUUGCCAUCUUGGCAGACAAGACCCGGCAGCUGGUCACCGUGUGCGACUGCAAGCUGCUGGCCAACUCCAUCCACGGGCUGAACGCGGCACGGCCUGACUACAUUGCCUCCAAGGCCUCCCCGACCUCGACCGAGGAGGAGCAGGUGAUGCUUAGGAAUGACCAGGACACCCUCAUGGCCAGGUGGACAGGCAGGAACAGCCGGUCUUCUCUGCAGGUGGAUUGGCACGAGGAGGAGUGGGAGAAAGUAUGGCUGAACGUUGACAAGAGCCUGGAAUGCAUCAUUCAACGGGUGGACAAGCUGCUGCAGAAGGAGCGCCUGCAUGGCGAGGGCUGCGAGGACGCCUUCCCCUGUGCGGGUGGCGGGGCCAGCAAGAAAGGUAACCGUGGCAGCCACGCCUACUGGAUCAGACCAGAGGACCCCCUCUGUGACACCCACUCCUCGCCAUGCCCCUCCACCACGUCUGCUGCAUGCCAUCCUCACCUGACCACAUAUUGCAGCCCCCCUCCUGACGAGUCCAGCCCAGGUGAAUGGAGUGAGGCCCUUUACCCCCUGCUGACCACACUCACUGACUGCGUGGCUAUGAUGAGCGACAAGGCCAAAAAGGCGAUGGUCUUCCUGCUCAUGCAGGACAGCGCACCCACCAUAGCCACCUACCUAAGCCUACAGCACCGCCGCGACGUGGUCUUCUGCCAAACCCUGACUGCCCUCAUCUGUGGCUUCAUCAUCAAGCUGAGGAACUGCCUACAUGAUGACGGCUUCCUGCGGCAGCUCUACACCAUCGGACUGCUCGCCCAGUUUGAGAGCCUGCUGAGCACCUAUGGUGAGGAACUGGCCAUGCUGGAGGACAUGAGCCUUGGAAUUAUGGACUUGAGGAACGUGACCUUCAAAGUCACUCAGGCCACUUCCAGUGCAUCGACUGACAUGCUGCCUGUUAUCACAGGAAAUAGGGAUGGGUUUAAUGUGAGGAUCCCUCUGCCGGGCCCCCUGUUUGACGCGUUGCCUCGGGAGAUCCAGAGCGGCAUGCUGCUUCGGGUGCAGCCCGUCCUCUUCAACGUGGGCAUCAACGAGCAGCAGACGCUGGCGGAGAGGUUUGGUGAUACAUCUUUACAAGAAGUUAUCAAUGUGGAGAGUUUGGUGCGAUUAAAUUCCUACUUUGAGCAGUUUAAGGAAGUUUUGCCUGAGGAUUGCUUACCUCGGUCUCGGAGCCAGACAUGCCUGCCGGAGCUGCUGCGCUUCCUGGGCCAGAACGUCCACGCCAGGAAGAACAAGAACGUGGACAUCCUCUGGCAAGCUGCUGAGAUCUGUCGCCGCCUUAAUGGGGUCCGGUUCACCAGCUGCAAGAGCGCCAAGGACCGCACGGCUAUGUCGGUGACGCUGGAACAGUGCCUGAUCCUGCAGCACGAGCAUGGCAUGGCCCCGCAGGUCUUCACCCAGGCCCUGGAAUGCAUGCGCAGCAUUGGAACACGGGAGGUAGUCACCCAGAAGAACUUGAGCGGCCUGGUGCCCAUCCGAGACUUAAGACUAGAUCCCAGCCUCCUCUGUUCCAUCCCUUUAUUAGCUCUGAGCCCCAAUUUACUGAUUGUGUGGCUCUUUCUGAGCAUAGCAUACCUGGUGACCAAAUUGCGUUGCAAAUGAGUAUCAUUAUGAAAAAUUAAUAAUAAGUCACAAGAAAACAAAAGUGCCAGAAUACACCUAACUGGACAGAAGGAUUGUGUCAAAGCGUGGUUGCCAAGAAAUAUUUCAUGCCUUACAGUUUGGCGUUUUGUUGUUCUGAACUAUAAAUACCUGCCAAAUUAUUUCACCAAGAGGACUUGCUUGUUUAAAUUCUGUAGCUUUCAGUGCUUGUAACAUGUUCUUACAGUGCCCUGUGACUGCAUUGUUUAGCUGAAUCACUUGUACCAAAUCUCCUAUUUUCUGAUGUAAAGCUAUUUAUUACCUGUAUAUCACAUGUGCCCUGUUUCCAAGAGAAAGGAAUUCUGUCUGAAAGAAUUUGUAUAUUUGAUACUAUUCUUUAAAUGUACUGCUAACCUUUCCUUUCCUUUUGAAGAGAAAUGAAAAGAAAAUGAUAGAUGCUUUAUUACUGGCUCAACUGUAUAAGCCUAUUUAAUAGGACAUUGACUUUCUGCUUUCAUUUCAAAGCGUAGUCCCUUAAAUUACAGUAGCAAACAGUUUGCAGAAUCAUAACAUUUCCUUGCUCAUGUUUAUUAUUUCCAGUAUGAGGUGACACAGCUGUGACUACAAUAGCAUAUUGUACCAAGUCAGGCACAUAAGAGAACAUAUUGCAUGUGACUUUAGAUUUACUCUUUUAUAUCUUUAAGUAUCAUUAAGCUAAUCACAGGAAUUAAUGCAUAUACUAACAAAAGGCAGUUAAAAUUAUAUACAUUUAUUUUUCUUGAAAUAGCAUUUUUCAUUUCAGACAUUUAAAGACAACAUCUUUAAAUUUGGAUUACAUUCUAGACAUCUUUUAUCAUCACAAAUCAAAUGUAGUUACUAAUGAAAAAAAGAAGUCAAAGAACAGUGAUCAAAAAAAUGAGGCUUGCCUUUUAGGCAGUUGUGCCAGAUGGAGCUGUGGGAGAGAAAGAGUUACUUUGGUUUCUGCUAUUAUCACUCUUAAUUUUAACAAGGCACUGUCCAUAAUGUGGGAUGAUUUAUAACCUUAACAUUCACAUUUGGCAGAAGGGUAGUUGAACGCCUAUAAAAAUAACAGAGUGAAUUAGGAGGAAGAUCCAGGGACCCUGUGUAAGAAAUACUUGGUGGCCUCUCUUUCAGUUCAAAUUGUGCUGUGAUCCGUUUUUGACCUCCAGCUGGUUCCUCAUACACUGUAUUUUAUGAAUUUUUUUUUACCAGUCUAGAAAAGUUGGAGUGAAUUUAGAAAAGCUGGCUUUUUCAAAAACUUUACAUCCAUGCAUGCACACAAACUCAGUCUACCACAGAGUCUUGCCUCUACACUCUCUCCCUAAGACUUCCAGAACUUUCUCUGGGAUUUUUCUGGCUUGGCCUCAGAUCUGAGUCUGGGUUUUAGGAAUUGCAGAAGCAGUUGGCAGUGAAUGACGAGUGUCAGACUUAGACUUCAAAUUCUAAAAUGGAAGCUAGUCCUCCUCACACACCUGGGCACCCUUCUUUCCCAGACCCACCGGAGUACUGCAGGAGCCCUAGGGCAGGUGUCGCACCUGGGGAGAGUCCAGUCUCCUCACAGGUGCAGUGUGGCUGCACUGUCUUUUCUAGAAUAAAUGAGGUGAGUGUUCUGUGGCACAGCUCCUGACAUCCUUCAGCAGAGAGCCCGUCCCCAAAUGCCAGGGACUGGUGGCAGUAGACUGUAGAAUGUGACACUGGCCACUAGGGGAGGUCCUGUCAGUCUGGGAUUCUAUGAGACGUAUGUUGACCACUUGCUGUCCUCUAGAUUGUGGUGCACAUAUCAACUAAGACUUGUUCAGUUUAUUUGAAGGAGGUAAAGUAGAGUCCACGACAUGCUCAGUUCCCACUCACAGCUCCCCGAUGCCCUGAGGGGUGACAUGUGCUGGUACUCACUCCAGGCCGGACAGAAGCCACGCACAGAUGACUACUGACAGCAUGGCCCCCUCUUCCCUGGGCCCAUGUGUACAUCUGUGACUCAUCAGAGACUCGCUCAAGACCCACUGCACAGCAAAGGAAGGCCAGGCCAGCUAGGGAAGCCCCUGUUUGGGGGCGUGGGGCUCAUGGACACUACAGCCUGCUCUUUGGCUAUCAUGGUGCAGCCAGGCCUUCCUGCUGUGUGUAGGUUUGGUGCUAGGUUGAGAGGAUAUGAAAUUGAAGGGAAAGAGGAUAUGGUUCUUUGUUUUUCUCUUCAGGGGCCAGGUCAAAAGCCACCACGUUCUAACUCUGCAGUUGUAAGGCCAGCACGACAGUGGACACCAACAGCCUAGUGCCGUGGGUUGUUGGUCUUUGUCUUUGUUUUUGUUUUGGUAGACUAUCAGAGAAAAAACUCAGUAUGCCCACCUAUUGUGCUGAAUUUUAAGCUCACUAAGGCCUUUUACUCUAAAUCAGGCUACAUGUAUAUCUGGAAUCUUUUCUGCUUUAGUGAGGAAUAGGCAGGAUGAAACAAAGAGGGGAAGAUGAUUCAAGAAAGGGGAGUCCCUGAGAUUUGGUGAUGGUUUUCAGGUGGCUUCUAAGCUGAUGCUACUGCUGAGACCUGGUCACUCUACACAUUCAGGGUCACUAAGACACCAAUGCACCCGGAUGGGUCCUAAAGUGGAAGAACCCACCAGAAAGGGAAAACCAGAACUAUCCCUAAAACGAGUUGCCAUUUGGGUCUCCAUCCUAAUUUUGUAUUUUAAAAAAAAAAAAAAAAAGGCUGUCCUGAAAAAGAAAUUAUUAUCGUAUAAUGUAUUCAGCCAGUUAAACCAGUAAUUACCUUCUUUAACAUGUAAAUAAAAGAUAUCAAAGUUCCCAAAUUAUUCUUUGCUCCUCAAAGCAGGUAGGCAUUUAUUUGUAAUAGGUGGUUUUUGAGAAGUAUAUACAUUUCUAUAUAAAUGGAGAAGCCACAUCUGAAAUAGUCCGAUAAUGAGUUUCCAAAGAUUAAAUGAGACUAACUGUCCAUAGAACCUAGAGCUUCUGCUUUAAUUGGAAUUAUAUUUUUAUCUGAUUAUUGGAUGUUAGACAAACAUGAUCGUUUACCCUAGGGGCUCCCUCCCGUAUGGCCUAGGCGUUCAGCUCAGAUGACAUAUUAUCUUGCUGAGGGCUUGAGGCCCUGGUGACGAGGAAGCAUAUUUGAGUUACUAAGUUACUUAAUAACAAGCAGGUGAAUACUUUUCUGAAAUACCCAUGCUUAUCUUUUGAAUAAAACUGUUUCCCCAAAAAUAUUUUAUAUGUUCUUGAAAAUGAGAAUGUCAUUUUCACUUCACUUGCCCCUGAUAUUUUUUUUUUAAAUGCAUGACAUAAUGGUGUUCAUACAACUGGAAAUAUUCUAAAUUUUACACCUCAUAAAGGGUUUUUGUACUAAAUUUGAUAACUAGUUGAUUUCAUUGACAGUCUCAGAAAAUAUAAAAAUACAGUUAGACUUUAGGAAGCCAUUUAUAUUGAGUUGCUUUUGCCUGUUAAUUUGAUGUCUACACCAGAACACUUUCCAGAGUACUUCCCUGAUGCUCUCAUUUGGGAAUGUGAGGCCCGCCUACCCCUCAUCCUCCUGCUCUGCGCUUGCUUUGCACACUGGGUUGCCAAGACAGCCCCCCAUCAAAUACAGCUGGGGCGGUGCUGGUCCUGGGUUCUCUAGGGAAGUGCCCCUGUGGGCUCUUGCUGGCUUUGUAGCACUCUUCUGAAAGGUGACCACAGUGAGGGCAGUUCACCUGGAGAGGGUGGCUGGCUGCCCCCAGGGGACCUCAGUAGGGUCACCCCUUCACGACACCCCAGCCCUGAUAACCCUGCAGACCCAUCAUGCAUCACCUGGGACCACUGGAUUGUUUUGCACCCACUUAGGAGACAGCCUGUUAUUGCAGCCUUCUCAGCCACAUGGCUUUGCUACAUGUGAAUUCUGCAAGGAAAAUCAGCAUUUUGAAUUUGAGGUGAUUAACAGCUCUAACAUUGAAAGAUGCAGCUCUUUAAAGACUUCGGUAAGAGUUGCACUACCUCGUUUUCCAUUUAAUUUGCUAUGUAACAGAAGCUUUAAACCACUAGUUAGGAUAGAACACUGAAAUACCUAGAAAUGAAAUACAUGAAACCAUUAACUUUUUUUAAAAGUUUGCUUUCAUUUAGAUACAGCACUGCUUUCGCAAAUGCAAAACACGCAAUCCCAUACACAUGUCCAUUGCUGUGCUUCUUAAUUGCCUUGCUCAGAAACCCACCAUCUUAUGUGUGUAUUGUUGGAAAUAGUCUGGCACCCAUUUAAAUUAACCUUUUUUUUAAUGCUAUAAAAAUAAUCAGUUCAUUCCAUCUUAGUUUAAGUCUUUUCUUUUUUUUCCUUUUUUACUGCUGUCAUUUCUUGUGCUUGUUUUUUCCCCAGUGAGGGUUGUCGAAGAGAAAAUACAAUGAAGAAUGUUGGAAGUCGCAAAUAUGCAUUUAAUUCCCUGCAGCUGAAGGCUUUCCCCAAGCAUUACAGGCCUCCCGAAGGGACUUACGGCAAGGUUGAAACUUGAACACACGGUGUCCUCUAAUUAGCUGUUAUAUAACAAAUGUGGGUACCCUCUAGUGUCAUAUAUGAAUUCUUCAAGAAGACCUGAAGGAUUGGCUUUUACUUUUGUGUUUUAAAAUACUUCACUAAAGAGUCUAUGGAGCAUGUUUUUUAUUGAGUUGGAAUCAAUAGGAGGUAAUGUUUGGCUCAAUAGUGUGGGUAGUAACAACUGCCCAUUUAAAUAGCCUGCAGCCAGAACCACAGAGACGGCAUCGAUAGUCACCUCUAGGAAUCAACUAGGCAGGUCUGAAAUGCUAAAAGACUUUUUAGAAUGUCCACUUAGGAAGCUGCUCACAUAUUUUUCUACUGAGUAACUCAAAAUUGAGCAUUGAAUUACAAUUUACUUUUUAAAAUCUGAAUGUAAAACAGUAAACCGUUGGAUCCUGGACAGACCAGUAAGUAUUACGUUAAUCCAAGUUUUGGGGAAAGAAGCUAGCUCUGGCUCAUGCAGCGAGAGCAGGUGGCUCCAAUAAAUUAUGUCUGUGAUGGCACAGGUGGAGCCAAAAGUUGAAGUAAAGGUUGAGAAAUAGCCUGAAAUAAGACUUUAUUAGAAGAUAACACCUACAAAGCCACUCACAAUGGGGACCACUUCUGUCCCUUAUGAGUUAUAGAAGAGGGUGUCUGCUUGAGAACAGGAAGCCAGCUGUCUCCUGUUCUCUCAUCUCCAUGUCUAGUCCCACUGUGACCCAGGGUGCAUGUCCCCUUCUCUUCUGGAGGCUGAGUUACAGCACUCCAGGACCUCACAUGGGUAUGGCUGAUGCCUCUCACAGCAGUGGAGAUUUAUGCGUGUAGGUGGUGGAAGCCUAAAUCUUUUGAGAUCAGAUAUCCUUUUAUGUGUUUCCCUAUUUGUCUUCUUAAAGACAGUACAGUCAUGUUUGACUAUCUAAUGAAAGUGUCUUUUAAGUUUGCAAUAAUUGUUACUAUCCUUUUCUCAUUCUGUUAUGUAAGGUGACUAUUGAGAAAGUGGAAAUUAGCUCCUGAAGUGAGAUUUUUGAAAGGGAUUAAUGGGCCAUAAAACUUAGGGAUUUCAUAGAAAAUGAUGUCUGGUCAUCUAUUAUAAGAUGAUGUCUUAUCUGUAUAUAGCAGUUUUUUUCCUUAGUUUUUGUUUUAUCAAUUCUGUUUAUUAUGAUGACUAUGUUUAUAUGUUAUUUAAAAGGCUAUAAAAGGAAUAUAUGUGGCACAUUCAUGAUGCUAAUCCUAAUGAUUGGUGCACCCUUAGGAAAUUCCCGUGCCUACAACUCUGGGUAUUAUUCUUUGGGCUCCUUUAGAAAUUCCACUUGGAAAUGUAAUAGCCUGGGAAGCUGAGGUACGGGCAGGACCCUCUGUGGCAGGGACACACAGAGUGAGCAGCUGGUAAGGGUGGAACUGGAUGACCUUUCAGAUCCCUCCUACUUGGAAAUCAGUGCGCAGACAGCCUGAUGUCUUCUGAUGUCUGAUGGAAGGAAAGUUUCCACUGGUUGAGUGUGAACUGGUGUGGAAGACAUGUCAGUAAGGGACAGUUGGAGCUCACCACUCUGUCAAGUUGGGUUCCCUGGAGGGGGGCGGCAGAGAAACCUAUGUCCACCAAACCCACUUCAGGGAGGGCAGCAGCUGGUGUCAGGUUCUCUUGUUGUGCCAAUCCCUGAACAGACCCUUUCCAAUAUGGCUGAUUAGCCUUUUACCUACCAUUUAAUUUGUAAUUUUUCUAGUAUCUUUUACAUUUCCAUCUUUUCUCAUUUUGACAUCACUACCUUUUAAAAUAUUCCCUUGUCUUUUUAAAUUAAACGUCACCCAUAUUGUUUUCAGAUUUUUUUUUUUUUGGUCUGAAGUGCAUUCAAUACCUGCAUUUAUCAAAAGGGAAUAUAGCAAACGUUGAGUUGGUUGUUAGCUAUUUUCGCAUGUGGCACCUUUGUGAAUUAUUUUCCCAAUUUUGUCUUCAUGUUAUGGACCACCAUGAAACUCUGACUUGGCUAAUCAUGUAGAAAAUAUUCAGGUUCCAGUAUUCUAUUUGAGCACUGCUACCAGGCUCCCAUGUGGCAAGUCUCAAAGGGCCUCAGGCACUUCCCAUGCUUGCCGAGCAAGGCCGUUGUCAUGGUGGCCAGCAGCUCCUCCGGACAUGCAGGGUCUACGAGUUUUCAGUUGCACAAGGCAGUCAGUCUUGCAGGUUACUAUAAAAUAGAGGUUCCACCCAGUGUUCCUUGUAAGGCCCCACUGAAUAAGAAAUGUUGAGACAUACUGAAAGCCUGGGAUGUGCUGUGGGUUCUGUCAAAGCACCUGCGGCACAGUUGCCUUUGGUUUCCUUUAAAAUAUACAAAUAUUGUAUAAUAUAGUUUUGUCUCUACACAGUUGUACUUACCAAGCUUAGUGCACUAAAGUACUUUUAUUUAUUUGUUUUGGACAGUAUUAAUAUAUAUAUAAAAAAACAUGUAGUUACCAUUUUAUAUAUUCUUAGCUCAUUCUAAGCCAUGUAUGCUGUAAAUGUGCUAGUCUUUAGAAUGACAGAUAAUAAAUAACUGACAAGAACAUUAAACUUGGUCUUGCCUGAU